AUGCGACUUGUCAACGUACAUACACUUGAACUGGAAGAGUUCUUUGGCGAAGCAAUUCCCAAGUAUGCCAUCCUCUCACACACUUGGGUAGAUGGGCAAGAAGUCACGUUUCAGGAGUUCUCAAACAACAAAGCUCGCAACAAGUCAGGCUGGGCCAAGAUAGAGAGAACGGUUCAAUGGGCUCUUAAAGACCAGCUUGGGCAUGUAUGGAUUGACACGUGCUGCAUCGACAAGACUAGCAGUGCAGAGCUUACCGAAGCUAUCAAUUCUAUGAUGAGCUGGUACGAGCAAUCACAAGUGUGCUACACUUAUCUUGCGGAUGUUCCAUCUGGCCUAGACAAUAAAGGGCAGGAAGACGCCCUUCACAAUAGCCGAUGGUUCACUCGGGGAUGGACUCUACAAGAACUUCUUGCGCCAUCGAAACUUGUCUUCAUAUAUGGCUAUUGGACGCGGCUUGCCACAAGGGAUGAAAUGGCAUGUCUUGUCAGCAGCAUCACUGGCAUAGACACGGAAUUUCUGCACACGCUUGCGGGGGAAGAAAGUCAUGGAUUUGCGGCAGGCAGCAUCUUCACGUCAUCUGGCAGAUCUCCAAGAGCAAGACUCGACUCGGCAAGCAUCGCACAAAGGAUGAGUUAG